AUGAUCUCGCCCAUCAAUGAAGUCAGUGGUGUCUCACUUCCUCCUUCAAAUCCCUCUCACGGGACGUCGCUUGCGCGGUCUGGAUCUGGUCUGAUUUGCGACUCGUAUCUGAGAGUCACAUCUCUCAAUUUCACCUUGACUCUCCCUUCGUCCUUCUUCUUCGUGACCCUCUCUGUCCAUCCUCGGCAUUCUCCCUUUGUCUGGGGUUUUUUUUCUUUGGCCCUUCUCCAAAAGCAAUUGCAACAAGAGAGGGGCGAUCUUACUCCCCAGACUCGAAGUGGCUUCUACUUGAACAUAUACGAUCUCAUUUCCUCUCCCUUCCCCCUCCCCACUCUCUCCAUUCCUCAUACCCACCGAAUCCUGCAUUGUCCGUUCCUCACCCGCUGA